AUGAGUGGUUUACAAACAAAACAUGAUGAAAAUACAAAUACAUUCUAUUUUGAACAAAAUCAAGCUAUACCAUCGUAUUUAGUUGCUAUUGCUGUUGACCAUUUAGUUUCAUAUGAUUUAAGUCCUCGUAUUCGUCUUUGGACUGAAUCAAGUAUGAUUAAACAAUGUCAAUAUGAAUUUAAAGAUGCUGGAUGUGGCUAUGUACGUAUGGAAAAUCCAUGUAUGAAUUUUCUGUCUUCAACAUUACUUGCUGACGAUCGUUCAUUAAUAAGUACAAUUGUUCAUGAAAUGACACAUUCUUGGAUAGGAAAUUUAGUAACACAUGAGAAUUGGGAACAUUUUUGGUUAAAUGAAGGUUUUACAUCAUUUAUUGAAGCAAAAAUACUCGGAAAUUUAGCUAAAACAAAUGAAAAAGAAAUACGAAGAUUUCAUGCUGCUCAGCAAUGGCAAGAUUUAAAAAAUGCUAUUGAUACAUUCGGAUCCACACAACCAUAUACUUGUCUUGUUUAUCGUUUGAAUAAUAUUGAUCUUGAUGUUACCUAUGGUUCAGUUCAAUGUUAUAAAGGUGUUGCUCUUCUUUGGCAUUUAGAACAAAAUAUUAUUCGUUCUGAAUCUAAGUUUGAAGAAUUUAUUCGUUCAUAUAGUAUUAAAUUUGGUGGAAAAAAUUUAAAUACUGAUGAUUUUAUUCAAUAUUUUAAAUCAUAUUUUCCUCAAGCACCAUCUGUUGAUUGGCAGUCAUGGAUUUAUACACUUGGUAUGCCUCUAAUAACACAUGAUUAUUCUACACAACUUGAACAACAAUGUCAUAAAUUAGUUAAUCAACAAACAUCAAUAACAUAA